UCUAUGUCGUGUCAAGUGUCAAUGUCAGGUGUUAAACUUUCAAGUAGUGAUAACCUAAAAAUAUUUUAAAAAAUAAAUUAAAAAUAAUAUAAUGGAGUUAAAUGAAAGAAUUUUAAAAUACAUAGAGGUAACUGAUAAAGUAGACACUCUUAAAUUAGCAAGUGAAUUCAAUGAAGACCAUCAAAAAAUUGUGGGUGCUGUGAAAAGUUUAGAAGCUCUGGAUAUGGUUAUUUCGGAAGGUGUAAAAAGUACGAAGUGGGAAUUAACUGAGGAGGGUAAGCUGGUCGCUGAGAAAGGCAGCCAUGAAGCUGUGUUAUACCGGAGUAUUCCUGACGCUGGGAUUUUACAGGCGGAAGUUAUGAAGACUGUGCCAAAUGCAAAGGUAGGUUUUAGCAAAGCAAUGUCCUUAGGAUGGAUAGCUAUUGACAAAUCCAGUGGAGCUCCACUAGUCAAACGGAAAACAGAAAGCAUAGUGGACUCAGUGCAAGACCAUCUUAACGAAAUAAGAAAGGGUAUAGAUAAUAUACCAGAUAAUAUAAGAAGCGAUUAUAAGAAACGAAAACUCCUCCAAGAAAUUACAUUGAAAAGUUUUGUACUAACAAAAGGACCUAAAUUUGCAACAUCAAUUAAGAAGAUGGAAACAGAUUUAACAAGUGAAAUGUUAUUAACGGGUGCAUGGAAGGAGCUGCAAUUUAAACCAUAUAAUUUUGAUGCACUAGGUCAACCACCCGAAUGUGGCCAUCUCCAUCCACUCCUCAAAGUCCGUUCAGAGUUCCGUGAGAUUUUCCUCGAGAUGGGCUUCACGGAAAUGCCAACGAACCAGUAUGUGGAGAGUUCCUUCUGGAACUUCGACGCGUUGUUUCAGCCGCAACAGCAUCCGGCGCGGGACGCCCACGAUACCUUCUUUAUAUCCUCUCCUGCGACCUCGACGGAGUUCCCUGUGGAUUACUUGGAAAGGGUUAAGAAGGUUCACAGCGAAGGUGGUUAUGGAUCUCAAGGCUACAGAUACUCGUGGAAGAUCGCGGAGGCGCAGAAGAACUUGCUCCGCACCCACACCACGGCGGUGAGCGCUCGGAUGCUGUACCGGUUGGCGCAGCAGAAGGAAUUCACCGCGCAGAAGUAUUUCAGCAUCGACAAAGUGUUCCGCAACGAGUCGCUGGACGCCACGCACCUGGCGGAGUUCCACCAGGUGGAGGGCGUGGCGGCGGCGCGCGGGCUGGGCCUGGCCGACCUCGUCGGCACGCUGGACGCGUUCUUCGCGCGGCUCGGCUUCCGGCGCCUGCAGUUCAAGCCCGCCUACAACCCCUACACGGAGCCCAGCAUGGAGAUCUUCGCUUUCCAUGAAGGUCUCGGGAAAUGGAUCGAGAUCGGCAACUCGGGAGUGUUCCGCCCCGAAAUGCUGCUACCUAUGGGUUUACCCGAAGACGUGUCGGUGAUCGCCUGGGGGCUGUCCCUGGAGAGGCCCACCAUGAUCAAGUACGGGCUCAACAACAUCCGCGACCUGGUGGGGCCCAAGGUGGACUUGCAGAUGGUGCAGGACAACCCGAUAUGCAGACUGGACAAGUGACCGCUUGAAUAUAUUGUUUAAAGUGUUG